AUGAACGACAGAAUGACGAACAGUUCCACCGAGACUCUUACCAAGACUGAGUCUAAGGUUCCUAUCAAUGUCGCAGAUGUUGAGGAUAAUGGUCGAGAGCCGGUCGUAGCCAAUAUGGAGGACAUUGCCCUCAAGGCACUGCAUACUGAUGACGACCCAAGAAUGGGUCUAUCCUGUUUCGGUUCAUCUCUGGCGACAAUUUUCCUGUUCAAGCCUCAAUCAGUUUCUGUCUCGGUCAUCUUCUUGACUGUCAUCAGCUAUGUCGGCGGCAAUGGUCUUUCAAUUAUCAUUCCUAAGACCGGCGUGAUUGGAAGAUGGCUGAACCCGCACAGCUUCAACUCGAAAGAGCACUUGGGCAUCAUCAUCAUGGCAUACUCAGCUUCGUCCGCAGCAUAUGCGACCGAAGUGUUGGCGACUCAGAAGUUGUACUACGACGUGGUGCCAAAUGCUGCCGUCGCCAUUUUGCUUCUCUUUUCAUCGCAGCUUCUCGGAUACGGCAUGGCAGGUGUCUUGCGAAAGAGUUUAGUAUAUCCAACCAAGAUGAUUUGGCCAUCGAUCUUGCCCCUUAGCACUCUAGUUGAGACCCUCCACCGCGAUCGAGGGGAGAUGAAAAAGAGAUUCAAUUUCUUCUGGCUUAUCUUCGGCAUUGUCGCCGUCUGGGAGCUGAUGCCGCAGUAUGUCAUGCCGGUCCUGACCGGUGUCAGCGUAUUCUGUCUUGCAAACAGAAACAGCUUGGUCUUUACCAAUGUCUUCGGCGGCUCAAAUGGCAACGAGGGACUUGGUUUGCUAUCUCUCAGCUUCGAUUGGCAAUACAUCGGUACAUCCGCCUUCUUCCUGCCUCUUAUCACUCUCACGAAUGGCUUCAUCGGAUACAUCCUCUGUAUGUGCCUUUUCUGUGGUCUGUACUAUGGCAAUGUCUGGAGCGCUCUCAAAUUUCCGUUCCUCUCGCAGCAGUUGUUCUCGCAAAAUUCCACCGAGACGCUCUUCGAGGUUUACAAUCAAUCAGCAAUCCUGAAUUCAAGGAUGGAACUUGACCCUAUUGCGCUAGAAGCUCAAGGGUUGCCGUUCUUCACUGCAACCAAUGCCUCUUAUCUUCUUACAACCAACCUCGGUAUCACAGCGACAGUUAUGCACAUCGUACUUUGGCACCGUGACGCUGUCAGAAAUGCUUUCAGCUUCAACCGGUCCGACUUCGCUAGUCUUCAGCGAUAUGCUUCGAACCCGCGUUCAUUCUUCAAGAGGCAGCCUCCACCCAUGACUGAAGAGGCCCUCGAAAAGCUCGACCCACAUUAUCAACGAAUGUUGGCAUACAAAGAAGUGCCAUCAUGGUGGUAUGUACUAGUACUAUUCGUUUCGGUUAUCGUGGCUCUGGGGUGCAUCUAUACUCUCGAGUCGACGCUGCCUUGGUGGGGAUUCUUGAUUGCAAUUACGCUGUCAUUCCUUGCCACGCUGUUCUUUGGCGCCAUGGCAGGUCUCAUUGGAUUCAACGUUCCUAUCACGACAGUUAUUCAACUCAUUGGUGGUUAUCUACACCCGGGAAAACCCGUCGCCAACAUGUAUUUUGUGUUAUUUGGUGCCAAUGCGCAGUCACAAGCACUCUUUCUUAUCAGCAAUCUGAAACUUGGACAAUACGGCAAGCUGAGCCCAAUCUGUACCUUCACUGUUCAGAUCAUUGGUACGCUUCUUGGCGCCAUAGUCAACUAUGCCUUGAUGAACUCCAUCACCACGAAUCAGAGAGAGAUUCUGCUCAGCAUCCAAGGCACGAACAUCUGGUCAGGACAGGUUAUUCAGUCAUUCAAUUCCAACGCUAUUGCGUUUGGUGCGCUGUCCCAAUACAUGUUCAGCAUUGGACGAACUUAUCAAUGGAUCGUACUAGCCUUGCCUCUCGGGUUUGUGUUGCCUCUCCCAUUUUACUUUGCACAUCGGCGCUUUCCCAAGCUUGGCCUUGAUUACCUUGUCACGCCCGUUCUCUGCUGGUAUCUCGGCUACCUGUCAGUUGGUAUCAACUCAUCGGUUCUCCUAUAUUUCGCCUUGGGCUUCUUUAUCCAGUUUUACGUGCGAAAGCGAUACCCGGAAUGGUUCCUGAAGUACAACUACAUUCUUGCCGCUGCAAUUGGCGGAGGCACCGAACUCCUGGUUUUCGUGACUACUUUCGCGGUCCAGGGAGCCAGUGGGAAAGAGGUGCCAUUCCCGCCCUAUUGGGGUAACAACUUCCAGAGCGGGAACUUUGACUAUUGCGCAUUGAACCCAGCACUAGGAUAG